AUGCGCGGACGCUCGAUCCACGCACGAGCUUUGCUCAGGCAAGUGGCGCCACACAAGAGCGUUGUUACUCCGAUAGCUGGGCCUGCUGCUUCUGCUGCCUCAGUGAGGGGAUUUAUCUCGAGCUGCGGUCCUCGUUCGACCCGUUCGGCGGCUCGCCGUGUCUCUACAUCGGUGCUCUCGUCGUCCAAGUCGAAAUCGUCCAGCAACUCUUCCCCAGCAAAUGGCGGUAACUCGUCGUCGUCGGGUAGCAACAACUCGGCCGCAUCAUCAUCUUCGUCUGCACCCAACGCCACUGCCACUUCGCAGCACUGUAACUCGGCUUCCUCAUCUCCUCUCGUCAAGGUCAAGGUCAACUCGGCACAUCUCGCCAAAGCAGGGACAGCACCCGCCAACCCACCCCCAUCGUCGCUCGCCAACGUCGCAUGGGAGAGCUUCUUCUCGAAUGAGCGCCCCCUGCUGCAGCACGAGAUGCUGCCACCACGUCCCAAGCGUGCCGGCGGCUUUGGUUCGUCUAGCAUGCCAUCGGGCGGCUCUCUGACUGCCAUUUUCACCUCAGACGGCUCUUUGGCGACGUUUGGCAACUUUGCAAGCGAGUCGCAGCAGCAGUGGAGGCGAAGGAUGCGUACCAUCGCACCUGAGCGCUUCAACGAGCUCGUCGACGGUCUCGCUGGGAUCGAGGCCGAGUCGGAGGUUGCUACCGAAGACGGAGCGACGCGAUGGCUCGUUUCGAGCUUCCACCCGGAGUCGGAUCGCGUUGCUGUUGAAUCGGCCAAGCUGGAGGAGGAAGAGAGGGUCAGGGAAGAGGAGGAGGAGGCUGUCCAGAACGCCAUGGAUCGCGGCGAGGACCCGGAAACAGCACGCAAGCUGGGCGCCGAGGCCGACCUGAUCAUUCUCGGCGAGCCGCACGGUCCGUCUGCUGAGUGGUCGCGCGGAGUGGCCACGUACCUCGCCGAGAAGGGUCGUGCAUACGAAGCACCCCCCGCUCCCUCUACAGGUGAAGCUGCCGACAUGGAUGCAGCCGACCACUUUGAAGCACCUCACGUUAGCAACAGCGUCUUCUACACGGACGACGACCCGAACCUGAUGCUCUCGCACGCUCUGGUACAGUCUACGCUGCCUCUCGCGCUCAAGUGGGACAAGCUGGUGGCACAGAUGGACGCCGUGGCGCUCAACGACCCUUCGCGCGCUGAUGCGGUGGUAGACACGACCAAGCUGGAUGCCGAGCUGGAUGGUGCAGCAUUCAAGGGCAAGGUGAAGGUGAGCCCGCUGCUCGAGGCGCACAACAUCAUGAUGGACAGUGUGCGCAGGAAGAGGAGAAAGAAGAUCAGAAAGCACAAGUACAAGAAGCUGCGCAAAGAGCAGCGUGCUGAACGACAGAGGAUGAAGAAGUAG